CUUCCGGUCAACAAAUUGCAACACUUGUUAAAACUUCAUCGGGAACAGUAGCAGUUACUGGAAUGACGUUGUCUCAGUUGAAACCUGGUCAACUGAAAGCAAUCAAGAGUCAGGUUCGACAGCUUUAUCUUCAACAGCAAAUCAUUGCUGCUCAGCGUAAGACUGGAAAAAUGACUUAGAUUACGCAGGUGGCCGGCAAAAGUGCCCAACCAAUGCAGCUUUUCGUGCAAGGUCCCAAUAAUCUACCUAUAGGAACUGUUACUGUUCAACAGAUACAGCAAGUUAUCCGUCAUGCGCAGCCGGCAUCUAUUGUCGCUGGUGGACAAAUCGUGCUGGGUAAGACCAGUGUCGGACGGUUCAUUCCGUUAUCAGUGUCACAACAGGCCAACCAACGACAGACCGUUCAAGUUGUGACCGCAACUUCGGCUACACAAGCAAAUGCAGCUGGCAACAUCCGAGUCUAUGUUCCUACUCAGAGCAUCGGGAACAUUAAGGUGGCCGCCGGAGCUAGCAGCAGCAGGCUAUUCUGACUGAAUUGCAAAAUCAACAGCGCUAAACUGCAAGCCCAGUGCGAUUGCAAACGUCUAGCGGAUCAUUAGCGUAGCGAUCGUAACAAUACAGCAACCUCAAGCGGUGGCAUCCGCUACCAGUGCAGCCGAACUGCAGCAACAGACGAAACAAGUUGUCACAGCUUGCA